GUUUCCCCUUCAACCAGAUGGCUGCUGAUAUAUAGCUUGAAGGCGCAGCUGAUGCAACACUGAACGAAGAUAACGCGUACAUCACGUCAGCGUGGAGUAAGAGAAGAAAUCAGCAUCCCAUUCUCCAAAAAGCAACUCGGAGAGGAUCUUUCUUUUUGAGUGUGGUAACUAUAGACUGGUACUAACAUGCCUGUUAUCAGGAUCUUCAGCAAGGUGGUCAAGCAGGCAUUGCUCAGCACCCCAGGGUGUGGCUGCCAGCCCUUAACAGUGGCUGUGCGCAACAUCAGCUUCUCCCCUCGACAGGUGACAUCUGAUGCCAGCUUCCAUUCUGUGUCCUUCUCAGAAACAGAUCAUCCCAAGGUGCUCAUCACAGGUGGCUUGGGCCAACUCGGCGUGGGGCUUGCUAAAUUGUUGAGGAAGCGGUUUGGAAAGAAUAACGUAAUUCUGUCUGACAUCAGGAAGCCUCCAAACAGUGUUUUCCACAGUGGCCCCUUCAUCUACUCAGACAUCCUGGACUACAAGAACCUGCGGGAAAUUGUGGUGAACAACCGCAUCACGUGGCUGGUUCACUACAGCGCCCUCCUCAGUGCAGUUGGAGAGGCUAACGUGGCCUUGGCACGCUCUGUUAACAUCACUGGGCUUCACAACAUCCUGGACAUUGCAGCAGAGCACGGCUUGCGUCUGUUUGUCCCCAGCACCAUUGGUGCCUUCGGUCCCACUUCCCCCCGCAACCCUACACCGGAUCUGUGUGUGCAGAGACCCCGGACUAUCUAUGGUGUUUCCAAAGUACAUGCUGUGAUGGGAGAGUACUACCACCACCGUUAUGGGCUGGACUUCCGCUGUCUACGCUAUCCUGGAAUAAUCUCUGCUGAUUCCAUGCCUGGAGGUGGCACAACAGACUAUGCUGUCCAGAUUUUCCACGAUGCCAUCAAAACUGGCAAGUUUGAGUGCAACCUCAGACCUGACACGCGGCUGCCCAUGAUGUAUAUUGACGAUUGCCUGCGUGCCACACUGGAGGUGAUGGAAGCACCGGCUGAGACACUAAGCAUGAGGACCUACAACAUCAAUGCCAUGAGCUUCACGCCUGAGGAACUGGCCCAGGAACUCCAGAAGCAGAUGCCUGAGCUGGAGGUCACGUAUGAGGUUGACCAUGUACGACAGGCAAUUGCUGACAGCUGGCCGAUGAACUUUGACGACUCCAACGCACGGAAGGACUGGGGCUGGAAACACGAUUACGAUCUGCCAGAACUCGUCCAGACAAUGCUCAACUUCUUUGGCUCAGAAACGCGCAUGGCUCAUGCUAACUGAGCUGCACCAAUCAUAGGAUUUUAAUUAUUAUUUUUUCGUACAUUACGUGAAAGACUGACCAAAGAGAAUAGAGAAAUGUGGCCUGUGCAUAGUCGUCGUCAUCUCCCUUCUCUCUGCAAAAUCAGAAGGGUGCUUCUUGUCUGGCACCAGCCGACCUUGUCUCAAAUGUAACGGUCAAUGCAGGCUAGACAAUCCCCGCCCCACCCCCCAAUCUAGUCUUUCCACCUCUGCUUUGCUCUCUUCUGUCCAUUUUCUGCUUAGAGAUUUGGGUGAGGAGCAGUCUGAGUCGAAUGGUUGCAAGCGGUAUCAAUGAUGUCAACUUGUUUCGAUGAAAUGAAGGAUAACUUGCAUGCAAAAACAUUAUUUUUUUUGCAAUGUUUCUGUGGAAUCUGGUUAACAAAUGGGGAACGGUGCAUUCUGCAUUUGACAUUUCUGUGUUUUUCUCUAAAAACUCAAAUGGUAGGGGGUUUGUUUUUGAUAAAUUUCCAAAAAUUUGGGUAUUUAGGCCUAAAGCUUUGGGGCCAAAAUCAAUCAAGAGGUAUAUAAGUACACAAGUUGGAUCCUUUGUUGCACUUGUGACAGAGUUGUAUCUUAAAACCUCUGACAAAAAAGCCUGAUCACCUACAGGGGUGAAUACCUGAUACAUUGUAUCUGUUUUUCAAGCAGUGCAGUAAUUCAGAAGAAUUGUUUUUUUUUUUUUCUUUUUUGUAUUCCAUGACAAAUUAUUUAUUCUGUUGGUGUUUAAUAUGUGGGAGCACUUCUUAGCACUCUUUUUUUUUUUUUCUUUUAAGUGUUGCUGUCCACAUUUAUGUAAUUUUAUUUUUAUCAUCAGUUAGAUUAUUUUGAAAAGAAAGGGAAAUACACUGCAUACAUCUGCAUUUGGAGGUGUCUCUUAUUUUCAGGAACUCUGAAGAUUGUUUUCUAUGUGAAUGUCUUAGCAGGUUUCGUUUCACACAACAAGCUUUGACAAUUAAAAAAAAAAAUCCACAUA